AUGCCGUGGCCCAGAAACAUCUUCAGUGUCAUCAGGGAGAUGGCGGAGAAGAAGCGGUUGUCUGAGGAAGGUGCGAGUUUGCUGCAGGCACAGUUUUCAGAUUUGCCCCGUGAGCCACAGAACUGGAGGCACAUGACAGAAUACUCGCUGGAAAUGAAACAAUUUGCUUGCAUUCUCCACCUCUACCACAAUAAGGCCUAUGACUACCUACGGAAGAUUUUCCCCCUGCCUCAUCCUUCCAGCCUGACAAACUGGCUGUCUAAUAGCGGUGCCGCUCCAGGCUUCAGCAGCGACAUUUUUAUUCGCCUCCAGGAAAAAGCAGAGAAGGGGGACCAGCCCUACCGUUACUGUGCCCUGCUGGUGCAGGACAUGGCCCUCCAGAGGCAGCAGCAAUGGGAUGCCCAGAGCCAGUGUCUUGCGGGCUUUGUUGACGUAGGGGCGGGUGUCCUGGACGCCGACGAAGCCCCGCUGGCCUCGGACGUGAUAAUCCUCAUGGCGGUCGGCAUCAUGAGUCCCUGGAGGGCUCCUCUUGGCUACUUCUUUGUGCACAGCGUGAGCGGCCACCUCCUUGCCCAGCUGCUCCGACAGGCCAUCAGUAAGCUGAACAACAUCGGUGUGGCGGUGCUGUCUGUGACAGCGGGUGCCACCGCACGCGGGGCUGAGACAGCCAGGGCUCUGGGCAUCCACAUUGACCCUGAGAGGCUCCAGUGCACUUUCCAGCACCCGCCUGGCUCUGCUCACUACAUCACCUACUUCUUUGACAUGUGCCAUGUGCUGCAGCUGAUCAGGAACGCGCUGCAGUGCUUCCAGAAGAUCCAAUGGCCUGGAGAAGCAGCAAAGUGGCAGUAUGUGGUGGAGCUUGCAGCCCUGCAAGAGAAAAGAGUGUUAGAGCUGUGCAAUUCCAAUUCAGGCUGUCCUGGAAAUGAUCAAUGUUGCUAUUUGAAAGUCAACCUCGCUACUCAGCUGUUCAGUGAGGGUGUUGCCGAUGCCCUGGAGCAUCUCCAGAAUCUGGGCCUGGCCUCAUUCCAGAACUGCAGCGGUACUGUCAAGUUUGUGCGUUUGAUGAGCCAUCUGUGCGAUGUAUUCCAGGGCAGAAGCUCCUCUGCCAGAGGAAGAAAAGGGCCUUUGCUCGUUGGAAAUUACAGCAAAAUCAGGCGUCUCUUCAGUGAGGCCAGGAGCUUUUUGCUCACCUUAACAGACUCCAUGGGUAGGUGUGCUGUAAAAAGCAAACGCAAAUUGGGAUUUCUGAGUUUGUUGCUCAACACCGAAAGCCUCACAUGGCUUUACACCAAUUACAUGCUGCCGGAAGGGCUGCCUUUGCACUGCCUCCUGCCGCACGCCUUCAGCCUCGAGCAGCUUGAGCUGUUUCUCCGUGCUCUCCGGCAGGCUUGCCCUGGCCACGGCCAUCCCACUUGUGCUGCAUUCCAGGCAGCUUACGGCAAGCUGCUGGCCAGCUGCAGCUUGGCACCGGGACCACACAGCAGGGGCUUUGGAGACGCGAACCCCUUGGAUUUAUCCACCUUCUGUGGGACAGACCUAACCCUGCGCAAGGUCCGUUCUCAGUACGAUCCCGCUCCUGGGGGGACUGUGGCAAUGGAGGAUUCCUUCAGUGCCGGCCUCUUCGUGUGCGACUCAGUCCUGAGCGAUGCCCUGACAGACCCAUCCCUACAUGAGCAGAGUGUCGCCCGCGCCGCGGGAGUUGUGGCUGAACGAGCGGCCUCUGAUCUGCAAUGCGAUGCUUGUGUUGCUUCUCUUUUUGAGUCAGAGGCGAGCACGCUAAGGAGUGGGGCAGUGCUCUACAUAAAAAAGUCAGGUGGGGUGAGCCUGCCCUCUGCAAGUGUGCACCACAUCACGAGUGUUUCUGAACGAGUCCUGAGGACGUACGCCCUAGGGCGAGGUAGCCGCAAGAACUCCGAGCUCUGGAAUUUGUUUAUCCAACAGAAAAUUUUCUGUGAGCUUCUGGGACAGAGGCCUCUCUUUCCCACACUCACUGACCAUUUCUUUGACAGGCAGUCAAGUCUCGACAAUCACUACGUGAUCUUG